AGCAGAGACUAAUUAAGAUUAGUAAUUAAUGAAACGUACAAAGCUUGAUAGGGAUGCAUGGGAAAUUAAAUUAGUUGAUAAAUAAUUAAAGUGAUGGAUAAUCUACAAACCCUAAAGUCUAUAUAUAAAUACAGCGAUAAAGCGAAAAGGGUUCUUCAGAUCUGGUUUCUUAUCAUAGGGUUUUUAUUUCUCUUUUAAUCAAGAAGCAGCAGAUGACGACCUGAGAAAGAUGGUAGAGUUUUAAAGGGGCUGACAGAAGAGAGUGAGCUCAGAUUACACAUUUGUAAUAAGUGAAUAUUUAGUCGAUCCUCCUCAUAUUACACAUUUGUGUGAUGUGUGCUCACUACUCUAUCUGUCGGCUACGAUCGACUCACACACUGGUCGAGGAUUCAUCUUCUCUCUCUCUCUCUCUCUCUCUCUCUCUCUCAACAAAAUCUAGCUGAAAUGCGCAGGUCCAGUCUUAUACGUGUCUCUUUGUUUAUGAACCCAGAUGGCAGAUAGAUAAUUUCAUUUUUCUUAAUUAUUAAUUCUUUUCUCUCUGCUGGGAUGAUGCAGAAAAAGUAAAAGAACAAACCCAGAAGAUAUAUGUGACACAAUGAUUUAUUGGUACCGACUUGAUGUUACUUGAUGUAUAUCUAGCUAGGUCUAUCGCUAACAAUCUCUUUGAUCUUAUCAUCAGUCUGUAUCUGUGUCUCACUUAUAUUACAUCUUUUUCUUUGAAGCUAACACCUUUUUGCUAUCAUAAUGUUGAUUAGAAUAGUAUUUUAUUGUAUAUUUAGCCAAUUUGAUUAAAGGGGGUUUCAAAAGCGUGUUCAGUUUUAAGUGGAUAAUUGGCUCUGUCUAGUUUUUUUUUGAACAGAUAAAUCAUCAAAUUAUGGCCAACGUGUUUUUUUUUCCUUUAAGGGGUUUGUAAUGAGCUUCUUCAUCUUGCAUCCAAUUGAUCCAUGCAUGUAUUUAGGUCUAUGAGGUUUAGUUUGGUUGUCAUACAGUUACACUAUAAUUAAUAUUGCAUUCGAUUAUUCUUAUUUCUGAAGUUUCAAGCAAAGGUUAUGAACUUCUUUCAUAGAAAUGAAGAUUUCACCUCUAUUUUCCGCCAAUGAACUCUCUAGGGUUCAUCAGGGGGGAACUUAAAGCCCUGACUGAUCUCGGCUGCUUUCAAAAUUUCUCCCAAAAUUGAAUUACGUUCCAGAUCCAUUUUGCUCCAUUCUCAGAUUGGCAAGAAGAUAGUCCCUGCCUCUACCACGCCAAAACAUUCAGUUCAUUUCCAUUAGUGAGGUUAAACAGUGGUAGAAGGCAGAAGACAAUUCCCUUGGUGAGUUGCUGCGAAAAAGGCUUCUUUCCUCUCUUGCUGUUGAAGUUGCUAUGUUGGUGAACUGCUGUCAAGAUGUAUUCACUUGGUCAAACUAUUCUGGAUGGAAUCAAGAGUGCAGAUGCAGAAGGUUUCUCAAAUACGGUCUCAGACCGGGUACAACUCGGUGGAAGAGGACAUGUCAAGCGGAAGCUUCUGUUAUCACUGGUUAAUUACUUUGUUCAGGUGUAAGCCUGUGAAUCAUGGGAGCAAUUUCGUCUGCUAAUACCAAAUUCAAAGGAGCUGUACGUGCUGCAACAAAGAUGGCCGUUGGGGAGCUCAGCUCUGUGGGAAUCAGAGUCCUAUUAUUUGGCUUGGAACUUUCAAUACUGAGGUGGAAGCUGCCAUUGCUUAUGAUAGUGCGGCAAUGAAGCUUUGCAGAAGAGAGUCCCAAGGAACUUAUUUGAGUGGACCAAGGUCACAAAUCAAGAGCUAGCCAUACUGUUAGAGCCUCUAUAGCAAAGAAGUUAUUCUCAACAUGAUCAAGGAUGGUUUCAUACCAGGCUAGGUUUUUUGUAUUCCUCAUGGCUCGCCAAGCUAGCAGAUGGUGUGCAAAAGAGAUCUCUUGCACAAACAACUCUUCCAGAAAGAGCCAACACCAAGUGACAUGGAGAUGACCAGUGCAUUCCUUGAUCUUCAGCUGUACAUAUUCUGCACGACAUAAAAAAGAAUGUGGCUUUUGGCCGCGUGGCAAACACUACGUGUGUCUUGUACAACUUUGGGGGACCAAAAUUGAAAUCCUAGAUUGUUGCAGCCCUCCACUGAAAUUCUCCUCUUCUUGUAAGGACUCGCUCGCUCGCUCUACCCUACUCUGUAUCAACCUCAAGAAGCUCAGCUGUGCUUAAAGCACGAGCAGCAGUUCAAAACCUAUCAAAAACCCAGAAAGACUCCAUUUUUUGUUGUUGUGUGUGUAUGAAAACAAAUGUCCAUGAGCAACAAGACCAUGCUGCAGGAGCUUUGCGUCAAAAGGGGUUGGGUUGCACCCAAAUAUAGUAGCACCAAGCAAGGCCCAGAUCACGUUCCUCAGUUCUCUGCCACCGUCGUCGUCAACGGUGUCAGCUUCGCCUCUCAGGGCUUCCUCAGCUCCAAGAAGGAAGCUGAGGCCUUUGCUGCCGGAAUCGCAUUGGAAAAGUAUCUUGGCCCCCAAACCCAACUGCCCAUUACCCCAAAGUUCAAUUCUUUCUCAUCCCCAGUGAAAGUAGCUCAUGUUGUUCCACAAUACAACAAUGUGGCAAGAGUUGAGGAGAAUCAGGCAUGGAAUGAGACUAAUGCCAUACAGGAAAAGAAGGGUGCUGAUGAACUGGAGCAGUUGUUGGCUAAAGAACGAAAGCUGUGGCACAUAGAGAAGCUUCAGCUCGAGAUGAAAAACCUUGAAUUAGUGAAUGCGAUUGAAGUGAAGAAUAAUGAGGUUCAGCGGUUUGAGAAGAAGCUGGAACAUAUGAAAGAGAUGGCAACAAUGGAGCAGAAGAAAACCAAAAGCAUGAUAUCAUUGGCAGAAGAGAAAAAGAGAGAAAAUGAGAAACUUCAUACGAAAGUUGCUGAAUUGGAAAAGCUACUCCAGGCCAAACAUGCAGUGGAUGGGGAUAUGGAAGUGAAAAAGAUCAACAGUCUCUCUGACUUUUCCAAUGCACUUGUUGUAAAGGAGCAGAGCUAUAAUGAUGAACUUCAGGAGUCUCGUAAAUUGUUGAUCAAUGCAUUGCGUGAUGGUUCAAAAGUCUCUAUUGGGGUGAAGAGAUUGGGAGAUCUCGACUGGAAAGCAUUUCAAGAUGCAGCCAAAAGAGAAUAUUUUGUAAUAGAGGAGGUAAAUGAGAGGGCAAUGGAGUUAUGCUCUAAGUGGGAGAAUCACAUUGGAGAUCCUGAUUGGAAUCCAUUCAAGAUCAUCACGGAUAUGAGAGGAAGGAACAAGGAAAUUGUUGAUGAGGAAGAUGAAAAGUUAAAGAAUUUAAAGGAGGAAUUGGGUGAUGAAGCGUACGAGGUGGUGAUAACUGCAUUAUUAGAAAUGAAAGAGUAUAAUCCCUCCGGUAGAUAUAAAGUAGAAGAGCUAUGGAAUUUCCAACUAGGUAGGAAGGCAUCAUUGAUAGAGGGAGUCCAAUAUCUUCUGAAACAACUUGAUUUGGUUAACACUAAGAAGCGGCAAAGAAACUGAAGCAAUGGAUCACCGCAGAGUUCUUUGUGUUCCUAAGCCUUGUAGUCAGUCCACUCCGUGCGAGUCAUAUGAACUGAUUAACCUCUCCUUUUGAAGAUCAAAUGAAGCUUUCAAAUUCCAUAUACACUGAUUUCAUAAAAUUCUGUACCAAGGUUUUGCUAUGCUGAGUCCCAUAGAAGUGAGUGAGAUUUAUGACUAAUCCCAGAUAUAAUCUCAAUGAAAUUGAUAGUAGGGUAAAAGAUCUCUGUUUAUUCCUGUCGAAGCUUAUGUAUGUGCAGGUAUUAUUUGGUUUUGAUGUAUCAUCCAUUCUUAAGGCGAA